AACCAGCAGGCGGCUCCGCGCUCGCGCUCGCCUCCUCGGUUGUUAAGGCACAAGUAGUCUGUGACUUCUCCUCGUUGCGGCUGGACGGUGACAGCUAAGGUCGGCUCGCGCUCACUUGUCGGAUUGAGCUCGGAUUUUCGCUUCUUUUGGAUUUCUAUGUUUGGGUUAGCGGUGACGGACUCUCAGCGGCUUAUUGCUUUCACUAGAGUAAAGGGACAGAGAGUGGUUGCAGGUGUAGACAGGUCAUCUAUUCGCCUCCUAAUGAUGAUGGAUGGCAGGACUGCAGAGAGCGAGAACAGAGAGAAAAGUGGAGCGAUGCAGGGAGAUAAAGAAAUUGCAGAGUACUGAACCCUGCCUGCUCUGACGCCGUGACUCCAGACAGACACACUGGCUGACAGACGCUGAAAAAGAAGUGGGAAGAUUGGAGGACAGAGGGAGAAGCACAACCUCUCGUAAAGCGGUGGUCAGAGUGACAGAGGAGCACAUGAGGAGCGGAAACGGCGUGACAGCAACAUCCUGACUGGUAACCUCGCUUCUGCACCCCCACCACGCACCCAGCAACUCCAGGAGCGGGGCGUCAGAAGGAAGGAAACGUGUGACCACUCCUCCUGCAGGCAUGAGGUCCUUCCGUUCCUUCAGUAACGAUGACCGCCACGUCAUGGCGAAACACUCCACCAUCUACCCCUCCUCUAAUGAGCUGGAAGCGGUUCAGACACUGGUGUCCACUGUCGAGUGCGCCCUCAAACACGUCUCAGAUUGGCUGGAUCAGAGCAGCAGCGAUAUCAACAGCCAGGUCGACAGCCAACCAGCAGACAGCACAGAGGAGGAUGAUCCUGGUGAUGACCCCAGCAAUGAAACUGAGGAUUCCAGUGACAGCUAUAGAGAGCCCAGCAGCGGUGGCGUGCUGUGUGGAGUGAUGAGGAUCGGCCUGGUGGCCAAAGGCCUCCUGAUCAAAGGCGACAUGGACCUGGAGCUGGUGCUGAUGUGCAGAGACAAACCCACACAGACACUGCUGGACACUGUCUGUCACAAUUUACCCACACAGAUAGAGAAGCUGACAGAGGAGAAAUAUGAGGUCACGAGCUCCUUGCCUGAGGCGGCCAUCUUGGUACGAACUACAACAGAGCCCAAACUCACGCUGACGAUUACCCUCACCUCGCCAGCCAUGAGGGAAGAUGAGGAGGAAGAGGAGGAGGAGGAGGAGGAAGAGGAGGAGUUGGAGAAUGGCGAGGAAGGGCAGGAGGAGGAGGAGGAAUUGGAGGAUGAAAAGGAGGAGCAGGAGAGGAAGAAUGGGCGAGUGUUGGGUGCUGCUGCGCAGAGAGUGGAGGCUGAGGAGGAGGAGGGGGAGGUGCUGGAUAGACACAGAUGUCUGUUGGCCCUGGCAGCGCUGCGACACGCCAAGUGGUUCCAGGCUCGAGUGAACGGGCUCAAGUCCUGCGUUAUCGUUCUCAGGAUACUUAGAGACAUGUGCAAUAGACACCCCGUCUGGGAACCUCUCAAGGGAUGGCCUUUGGAGCUCAUCUGUGAGAAGGCAAUCGCCACCUGCAACAGACCUCUCGGGGCAGGAGAAGCCCUGCGUCGAGUCAUGGAGUGUCUGGCCUCAGGCAUACUGCUACCAGGUGGUCCAGGUUUACACGACCCAUGUGAGAAAGAGCCAACAAACACACUAGCCAACAUGACCGAUCAGCAGGCUGAGGCCAUUACCUACCGCGCACAGCAUGCUCUCAGACUCAUGGCGUUCGGACAGAUCUACAAGGUGUUGGAGAUGGAGCCUCUUCCCUCAAAUAAACCCUCGCAGAAAUACCCGUGGUCUGAUAAAGAAGGCUUAGGUCUCAAGAGGCCAUAUGAGGACGGAGGGAUGGAUGACAAGGACCUCAUCAAGAAGAUGAAGAGGAAUCUGAGGAAAGUCCUAGACAGUAAAGCCAUAGACUCCAACCAGCCAAUGAACGCCCUGAUGCGGUUGAACCAGAUCCGGCCGGGGCUGCAGUAUCGCCUGCUGUCCCAGUCGGGCCCGGUUCACGCUCCGGUCUUCACCAUGUCCGUGGAUCUGGAUGGAACCAUUUACGAAGCAUCUGGGUCCUCCAAGAAGACCGCCAAGCUCCACGUCGCUGUCAAGGUUCUCCAGGCAAUGGGCUACCCAACAGGUUUCGACUCAGACCUGGACCCCAUGAGUUCAGACGAGAAGUCGGAUGGUGAGGGGAAGAGUGAGACGUCAUCGCACACUAGCAAUAACCCAACACACUCCUCGGACAGUUCCAACACACUGGAGGUGCGAACUCAGGGUCCCAUACUGACGGCAAGUGGAAAGAACCCCGUCAUGGAGCUAAACGAAAAGAGACGAGGCCUCAAAUAUGAACUCAUCUCUGAAAGCGGAGGCAGCCACGACAAACGCUUUGUUAUGGAGGUGGAGGUCGAUGGGCAGAAGUUUCGCGGGGCAGGCCCCAACAAAAAAGUAGCAAAGGCCAGUGCCGCUCUAGCAGCUCUGGAAAAACUCUUCUCUGGUCCCAACGCAGCUGCAAACAAGAAGAAGAAGAUAUUGCCUCAGUCUAAAGGAGCCCUGGCCGCGGCAGCAGCAGCCUCAGCAGUAGCAGCUCAGGUAGCCAGAGGAAGAGGAAGAGCAGCACUCGCGAGAGGAGCCUUCGUCAGUGCAGCCGCACCUGGAUAUGUCACACCAGGCUUUGGGACACCGUAUGGCUACAGCCCUGCUGCAGCAGCUGCUCCUGCGUACGGUGGUCUUUUCAUUGACAAUCCCUUCUACCAGCCGAGGACCAUCGCUCCUUUUAUCAUUCAUCUGGGUCCCCAGGAUCUCUUCUCUGACUUCUAGAGGCAGCAGGUUAUCGGAUACACUCCCCACACUUACCUGUCUGUAUACGCAGGACACCUGUUUUUCUGUCCGUCAAAGUGGACUGCCUUUCUAUCCAGGUGAUGGACUCACAGAUCCAAAACUGUUUUCGUUUGAUCAGUCCGCCAGGGGGAAAAAAACUUUCUGCCCAACAGCAGCAGCAACUAUGUGACAUACUGACAGAGAGGCUCAGAGCUCCUCUCUGUGUAUCCUCCUCUCUCUCCCCCCAGAUUAUCACUUCAGAGGAGAGUAACUUUACACGAAGCAAUACUCGGAUUUUACGAGAUACGUUCAGCUGCGACUGUGCGAGGCUGGGCUGAACUUCUUUCUUAUAGCAAUACACCAGAACUCCUCUCUGCGAGCUUACUUACUUGAGAAGAUGUGAAUGUCCGACGGAGUUUUACCCAACACAGCAUUGCAAUAGCUCAUUCUGAUUGUAUAUUCAUUGUAUGUGUGUGUACGUGUGGCUAUAACAUGACUAUAUACACAUAUAUGUAUGGUGUAUGUUUCUAUAACAAUGUGUUGACAAUAAUAUUACUAUAUGAUGAUGUAUUUAUGUAAAUAUUCUAUAAAAUAUAACUAUUGUUGGUAUAAAUUAUUUUAGAAUUAUAAAGUGAAAUGUAACUGUAAUAUCACGGUAUAGCUUUCUUCCAAUUUUAUAUACACUGAGCAAUUGAAGCUAGUUCUAGGAGAUGCAAUAUUAUCUUUGGUAUUCCUAUUAACCUGUGCUGUUAGAAUAAUAAUGCUUCCUUCUUUCCUUCCUUCAAACUUUUCCUCUAUCUUUGAUGUCUUUCUGAGCCUUUCUGAGCACGCUCUCUGCUGCCCGAGGUUUGUUUACGUGGCCCGGACCAGAGGUGCUCGCUACUACUGAACACACUCAUCACCUAAUCACACCUGCACACACACACACACACAAACACACACACUUUUCCUGUCAGAAAGCACAUUUUCUAUAGUCUCACUGCUGGCAGGGAAUACUGUUGUUACAAAUACAGUACUGUAUGUGUAUAGUAUGUGUAUACUCUGAUGUACGUGCUGCUCCAUUUACCAUUCACUCAUGUUAGCGGACUCACCCAUCAACACUCGGAACAAUCUUCAGCUCUGUCCCGCUCGCCUUAGGGACCAAAAGCACAGCUCACUCACACGCAUUACUUUACACUCACACAUUCACACACCCUUCCCUCCACCCUCCUAUGGCAAUCCUCUACUGUACAGACGUGAAGCUGCAGGUGACAGAUAUUAGUUGAUUGUCAAGAGCCUUCCUAGACAAAGGGAAAGACAGCACCAACUAACUAAUGAAAGGUAUAGCCCAGGAAAAAUCUCCAAAAUUGGGACACUAAAUUGGAUGUCAUGUCCCUUUCUUGGGAAGCUUGGCACAUUUCAGUGGCUGGUGAUGUCACCUAAAGGUUUUUUGAGGAAUGGGGUUUAACCUUUGGUUGCCUUUGCCGAUCACUGAAGCCAGGAAAUUGGAGCAAAAGAAACCUGGCUGGAGCUGAAGUGGACUGAGGAAGUUUCAGUUAGGGUUGCACCGAUCCAGAGUGCCUGAGUAUUGGCAGCAUCAAUCUUGAAUUUAAAACAAUUCUAGUAAGUUCCACACAUUGAGGAUUACAGAUUUGACAUUUAGAAAAAAGACUCGUAUCGGAUUGGUACUUGGUGUUGGCAGAUACCAAUAGAUUGUGUUAAAGAAUGGACGUAGCUACCAUUUUGUCACUCAGUGGAUUGUGGGCUGCCACUUUGAAGUAGUUUGGCCGUUGCCAUCUUGCUUUUAUGGAGCCAGAAGUUACUAUAUUGGAAUGUCUUAAGUGCUGUAUUGAAGGCAACUGGACUUGCUUGAGUUUCUUGAAGAUGUUUCACCUCUCAUCCAAGUGGCUUCUUCAGUUCUGGAGUUCUUCAAAACUCCAGAACUGAGCACUUAAGAUUAUCAUGACUUGGAUGACUGAAAAUCUUGAUGAAUAUAUAUUUGGACAAGAGAGUGGAGCUUAAGAGCAGCAUGGGGGGGAUCUGACUCAUAGACCUUGGUGACACCUGUCACUUAAGUGGCCAUGCCCUUAACUAUGUGUAACAUCAAGCCUUGCGAAAAUUAGCUAUAGAAACCAAAACCAUUUAUUGUAUCAGGCUGAAAACAUGUUUAUUUCCGCUGUGGAGUUGGACAUUUUAACACUGGAGUCUAUGGGGAUUGACUCGCUUCUGGAGCCAGCCUCAAGUGGCCAUUCAAGGAACUGCAGUUUUUGGCAGUAAAGCGUCAGCUUCAUUUUUCAGACCCUGAGUUGAGGUUUUGGCAUUGGGAGAGAAAAAGUUGGAUCGGUCAUCAUGCAAACACAACACAAAACUUCUCUGUAAGGCUAAAUAUGCUGUCAAUAGAACAGUGAUUCUGGACAUUUCCACUGCAACACAUAUUUGAGGAAGCAAAAUUAUCUUUGGAGAUUGAAAAGUAUAUUUACUUUGUAUUUUGAGAUGAAGAUCAGAUCUUUUUAAAGAUUUUAAGCCUCCUUAUGCAGUUUGCAUGUGAAGGCACCUCUGCACUGGCCUCAGCUGUCAGCCAGUGAGGAAACUGGAGUCUGGUCAUCAUUUUUAGACUCAAAAUAGAUGUAUAUUGCUUUGUAGUAGUUGACUGUAUAGUACUAGUGUUGUGGGUUUAAUGCUGCUAUAGCCCUCAUUGAAUUAAUGCAGGUAGUAAUUAGACUGAGAGAUGAGAUAUCCCAUUAAACUGGAAAGUGCUUUGUGCAUAACAAUGUGUUGGGUCUAAUUUUGGGGUAUUGUUGGAGCCAAACAGGUGUCACAACACACUGAGAUAGCAGUCAAAGCAUACGCACAGUACUCACUCAGCGCUGUGUGGGAUUUUUGCAAAUUUCUGUGGUGCUUACAUGCCGCUGAAAGCUCUUCAUCAGUUUUUAUUUUUUAUUUUUAGCCCUUAAUAGAGACAAGGUGUCAGUCAGCAGAGGCAAAAAUUGAACAGAAUGUGCAUCAAAAGGCUUUGAUUCUCCUCACGCUAGCCUUGAUCUGGGCGCCAGUUUGAUCUUGCGUGUUUGUGUCUGCUUUGAUUCAACAAAAAGCACGUCUGAGAAUGAGAAAAUAGACUCGCUAAGGUCUAUUUUUUAAGACAAUAAGUCAGAUUUGCGUUAGAUUUUGUGACACCGCUGUGCUGACAGCGAAGAUAAUUUGACAAGGUUACUGAAGAUGGGAUAAAAUGUGCCAUCAAGCUGUGAUUGGCAGAUUGGAGGUUAACUGGAGGAUAUCCUGCGCUUCCUCCUCUUGUGCUUUGUGUGUUGGAGCGGUGGGGUCAAGCACACAAGCUCUCUGUGAUUUAUGUUUGAACAGUUGGUUCCUCAAAACAACUGGACUCAUCCACACAGGGUGCUGUAUGCGAGUCCACUGUGGUAGCCACUGAACUCCUCACAACAAAUUUCUUUUGCUAUUCCAAGCAUUUCCCAUCAAAUCAAAUACCACCUUUGGUCGUCUCAUCUCACUGCAGAGAAGGACUGCUUUGCCAUGACUUUUCAUUCUCGUGUGGAAUUCACGUGGAGGUGAAAAACUUGGAGCUUUGCUGUGUGGAAAUUUCCCCUCUGCCCUCUCUCCCUCUGUCUUUCUCUCUCUGCCCCCGUCCUCUCCGUCCAGAUGGCCCACAUUAAUAAGGCAGACAGUCAUACCUCAGUGAGCAACCUUUUCAUUUCCCCUCAGACUGAACAGACACACAGGAGGAGUCACCCUGACUACUGACCCUGUCCUCUUGGUCUGCUGGCUGGACGACAGCGUUCAAAGGAAGGGUGGUGGAGUGAGAGCUCAGGGAUACGCGCUCGGUCUGGCACAGGCAGUCUGGUGGGACUGUAGAGGUUGGGGAGUUGUUGACUUCUAGUUAGGAUGAGGUCUCUCGUGUGUGUAUCUUGUUAGGCUUUACAGCGAGAUGUGAGGGGAAAUAACAGUUUACUGCUAUCUGAAAGCCCCUCCUGGUUUGACUAAAAAGGAAUAUUCAAAGUAUCCAUGUUGUUUGUUGUCUCAUAGGGAUUAAUGCAGGGAAAAAAAGAAAAAUAUAUCUUAUAUUCUUGUUCUUGAUUUAGGAAGAUAUAUUGGCAGAAAUGGAUUAUUGUUGUUUUCUUAAGUAUAUAAUCACCUCAACAUAAGAAUAAUAAUAUUUUUGUUACCUUUUGUUACCGCUGGGAGCAGGUCCUUGUUUAUGGAGUUGGCCAUAUUGCACAUGUCAUGUCAUGUUUCUACAGUAGCCCAGAAUGGACAAAAGUUAUCAGAGAAAAACAGUGAGCACACGUUAGCAGGUGCUGGGUUAGCAGCUCUUUGACAAGCCUAACUACAUCAGACAAAUGCUGAUUUGAAUGUGAAAUUGCUUGGUUCAGUGUUUUUACUGUUUUAAAUCACAUGCUCUGUUUGUGCUGGAGAGGAAAAGACCUCUGUGGAUAAUUCGGCUACUGGUAAAGAUCUCUCGAACAUCUGGUUUUUAAGUUAGCAGAGAGAAGCGGUGAGCACACGUUAGCAGGUGCUAGGCUAGCGGCUCUCCUGGGACAAGCCUAACAGGAUUGGAGAAACACUGAUUUGACCAUGAAACUGCUUUGAUCAGUGUUUUAAUCACCUGGUUUGUUUGUUUUGGAGAGGAAUAGACCUCUGCGGAUAAUUCGGCUCCCGGUAAAAACCUCCUGAACAAUGAACGCUGAAGGAAUCCUAACAGCACAUGCUUGGCACAUGGGAGAAGUUAGCGUGAAAAACAAGGAGGAAAAUGAAACUACUGCUGCUCCUUUCACACCCACAUCAAAAAAAAGCUUUAUUAAGAACAUGCAGAAAUAGUCAGAUAGUUUCCAGCUGUGUUUCCUACUGCAGUGUCAGGAAGAUGACAAUUCCAGCAGUACUCCACUAUGACAUAUCUCAGAAUAGAAAACAUUACUGUCAGGCAUUUUUCCCUGAAGAAACACGCUCUAGGUAGCUCUGAUUGAAGGCCUAGACAGUUAUGUCCAAGUGGAUAACUUUUCUAGAGAGUAAUGGUUGUUUGUCCUGGACUUUGGUCCCGCUGAGUUUUCUGAUGGAUGCUCUUCCUGCUCCAGUGUUCCCCAGAAAUGUCUCACUAUGAAAGAGGGAAAACGUGGCAGCCAUUGUAAACACACACACACACACACACACACACACACACACACACCGCCUCCCUGCAUCUACACUUUCACAAUCACCGCCUCUCUGUGGGCGUUCCACAACGACACCUGUAAAUCUAAGAAGCACAAAGCACACACGAGCAAUACACCCACACAUCGUUCUCAGGGCCACCUGACACACACACACGUGUAUGCAAAUAGACUCACACAUGUAAUCGUAUAUGUAAAUAUUUUAGCAUUCACCAACAAUAACAGCCAAGCACAUUGAGACAGCGUGACAUUCUUUGCUCCGUGGUUUGUAUAUUACACAUAAGAUUGUACCGUGUGUAGUGAGAGUCACACAAGUGGUUAUAGGCCUUGUUUGUACUUUUAGGAUUUGAGCCAUGCAUAGCUGAAAAAACACAUCUUCCCCAUUUGUUAUCUUGGUGCUUUGUAACGGGCUGUCUGUAGCACUGUAUAUAAUGGAUUUUACUUUUGCUUCUUGGAAAAAUAGCAGUUAUCUAUGAACAACCCAAGCUUUGCUGACAGGAGAAAAGAGCUAGGAAGGAAAAGUUUUUUGGCACCAAACGCAGGAGCUUUGCGCGUUCAGAUGCUGCAAUAUGUUCAGUGGUUAAAGGGUUCUGAGUGCUUUCGUUGCCAGGGAAUGAAAGCUUUUUGGACUUUCUAUUUGGAGACUGUCAAACCCAGUUUCCCUAAGGCACCUCUUCAUCCCUCUGCCAGGUCAAAGGCCAGAGAGGGAAAGCGAAUGAUGCAGAGAUGCUGCUGGGAAAUGGGUUCUGGUUUGUUCCGCUGAAUGGGAUUUAUCCAGACACCAAAGACUCUGAAGCCUUUGUUGCACAAAUCUGAUCAUCCUUGCAGUCUCAGAAGUGAGAAAUCAUGUGGUAUGUGAUCUGAUAUUCACCGUCUAGACAGUUAUGAAAUAUCAGGUGAAAAAGACGAAUCAGAUCUCUUGUGUGUAAGUGAAGGAAAAGUGUGUCUUGCUCAUUCUUGCAGAGAGUUGGGUUUUAAGUCUGGGAAUCGGGCUAAAUUUGUCUGGAAGCAGAGGGAGAGGAGCUGCAGAAAGAGCCCAGAAAGACCAUCCGCGAGCUGCUCUGAACUCUGCAGAGCGGCAGAAAUAGAUCCGAGAUCAUGUUUCGACUGCUGAGGCAAAGCGAACCAGACUAACUGCUGAACACAUCAUUUUCUGUCUGCGUAUGUGUGUGUUUGUGUGUGUGCGCAUGUGUCGUGUGUAUGGAGGGGGAAUGUGUGUGUUUGUGUGUUCGUCUGGCAAGCACAUAAACAGGAGGGUAAUGGGAAGCUAUUUCACACCCAUAUGCACGCACACAUAAACACACACUCAACAUUGCAGCCACAUUGAGCAUGUUGUCACUGGUCAUGAUCCACUGAUUGUUUAAGUCCAAUAUCCUCCUGAUAAACGAUCGAAGCAUUUUGGUUGGGAAUGUACACUGUUGUUAUAGUGAUUGUAGAGUAGAAUGUAUUUACUCAUAGAAAGAGUAAACUUGCUUUUUUGUAGAGAAGCAUAUAUACAGAAUAUAUAUGGAUACAUACAUAUAUAUACAUCUAUAUAUCUUUUGAACUACUUGUGUGUGAGAGUUGUUUUGGGCGCAUCCACCCUUAGGAUUCAUAUUUCCCCCCCCCCUUUUGAAAUUUAAUUUAUAUGUUUUGACAAAAGUAGCGUCUUAAGAGUGAUGAGUGUUUACUUUUUCCUGUAAAUAUGAUUUUUUUAUUUUAUUUUUGACAAAAAGGGGAUUAAAAGAAACUGUUUUACGAUGCUGCCUACGAAACUAUGAAGUGAUAUCUGUCCACAGAAUUUGUUUUGAUUCAGGAAAUUAUCAAAGUGAAAUUUUUGUGAAAUGUGACAAUAACAGGGUGAGAGUUUCACAGGUUACGCUCAACAGAGGCCAAUGAAAAUGAAUGAGGGGGGUCAUUUGAACUCACUGUAUUGAUCGUUUUGAUUAGUAGCAAAAUUCACAGCAGUGAUGAUCUGUGGUUGUCACUGUUUUUGACAUAAUCUAUGCUUGACGGACUGAAAAUAAAUCUGAGAAAGUGCUGAAUCUCUAUAUGUCAGUA